GACUUGGAAGGUGUGUUUUACGUUAAAAACCUAAAACAAAAGUUAGAAUUGGAGAUAAAAACUUGUAUUUCAAAAAAAUUGAAGAUGAUUAUCGUAGCAAUUGUGCUUAUCAUAUUAUGUGCCUAUGGGGCGUAUUGGAUCGCUGAUUUAAGACGAUUGGACAGGGCUAUAGCGACGUUGCCAAUCCCACCCGCCUUACCUCUCGUAGGUAAUGCUAUGCUUUUUAUCGGAAGUACUGAGAAAAUUUUAAAAAACCUUGAAUAUAUCGCUUCGUUGGCAUUGAAACAUAAAGGUGCAGUAAAACUGUGGUUAGGACCCAAGUUAUAUAUUGCGAUAGGUAAUCCGGAAGAUGCCCAAGUAGUUUUAGAUAAUUGCCUCGAUAAGGAUGCGGUUUAUCGGUUUUUACGUCCUUGGCUUGGACGUGGACUCUUCAUUGCUCCUCUUGGACUGUGGAAAGCUCACAGAAAAGUAUUGUUACCGAUUUUUCACAAUAAAGUAGUGGAGGAAUACUUGAGUGUUAUUUCUACACAAGCGGACGUGCUUCUCGAACGGAUCGCCGAGCAAUCCGGAAAAUCUGAAUUUGACGUACUGAAAUACAUCACUGCAUGUACCCUAGACAUUGUAUUUGAAACUGCAAUGGGUGAACGAAUGGAUGUCCAACAUACUCCAGACACGUCUUACCUUCGAGCACGUCACACUGUCAUGACGAUAUUAAACAAGCGCUUCUUUAAAGUGUGGCUGCAACCUGAUUUUAUUUUCAAUCUAACUCCUUUCGCUAAACAACAGAGAGAAAACAUUGAGAUCACUCAUAAAUUUACUGAUGAGGUAGUGAAGAAAAAACGGAGACAACAGAAUAUGGCGAUAAGUGACAAUCAGCUUGCUCGACAGCCAAAAACCGUACUCGAUAUGCUAUUCGGACGCGAGAUCGAGUUUACAGAUGAGCAAUUACGGGAACAUAUAGAUUCUAUUACGAUUGCCGGUAACGACACAACCGCGUUGGUCAUCGCUUACACCUUGGUAUUACUCGGUAUUCAUCAGGAUGCACAAAAUAAAGUCCUGCAGGAACAAAAAAAUAUUUUCGGCGACUCUAAGCGAGGAGCUUUAAAAGAAGACAUUUUUAAAAUGAAUUAUUUGGAAAGAGUUAUCAAAGAAAGUAUGCGUCUUUACGCGGUUGUGCCAAUCAUUUCACGUAAUAUUCAUAAAGAUAUUUAUUUGCCACAUAGUAAUGUAACAGUCCCAGCGGGUGCCGGAGCAGUUGUGGGUGCUUUUGCAAUUCAUCGAUUGGAAUCUCUUUGGGGACCGAAUGCUAAUGAGUUCGACCCGGAUAGAUUCCUACCAGAACGUUCUAUUGAUCGACAUCCCGCCGCCUUCAUUCCCUUUAGCUACGGCCCAAGAAAUUGCAUAGGUAGAAACUUCGGUAUGAUAAUAAUUAAGUGCAUCAUAUCCAGUUUUGUAAGGUCGUACAAAAUAGAAGCAAACGACCUAGGACCUCUGAAAAUAGAAAUACUCCUGUUUCCUAUCAAGGGUCAUCAAAUCAAAGUAACAAAAAGAUUGCCGUGAAAACUUUUAAAAUGAUUUUAAGAAGAUCAUAUUUAAGUAAAACAUACGCAAAUGUAAUAAACACACAUGAAAUUGUACUUUAAAAUAAAACGAUGUAUUGCUC